AUGCCUUCCUAUCUACGAAGCACCCCUCGCGCCUACUCCUUCCCACCAUGGGUUGAGACUGGCAACGACGACACUAAUGAAAACGAUCUUCCGGACAUCGACGAAGACCCCUUCUCGCACUUCAUCUCACCACCCAUCACCGAGGCUGACGACCCGUACGAGCUGUCCCUGAGCGCAGGCAUCGACGUCCAGGAAGGACCGCGCACCACCAAGUCCUCCAAGUUCAAGUCCAACCUCGCCAACAAGUGGACCCGCUAUGUCAAGCACAACCACAGCCAGCUUCACACUCAGUACCACGCACCUAUCAUUUACGAAGAGGACGAGGAGGAGUCUUUCAUGGGGCUGGAUGACGACCGAUUGAACGACACGCCACAAGUUGUGUCUCAGCUCAGCCCUCCACGGAUCAGAAUCACUGAACCAUCACGAGGCCGUGCACAGGAUCUCGCAACCCGCAAACAGCAAAACCGUCGCCGGUACUCGCGCACACUAUCGGGUCAUCGCCACUCGUGGAGAGAACCCAGCCCGGACCUGUUCACUGUAGACGAAUCUGAAGAGGAGGAUGUUCCUGCGCUACGUCGCGCAAAGACUAGGAAGCCCAAGGACGGCGCGGAACGCCGGAGGUCAUCGACCCGAUCAAAAUCAAGAGCACGAGUCGACUCGGUAACGGGGGAGUCGAUCUUGUAG